ACCAAAUUCAUUAAUUUUAUAUGAGGAACUCGUUUCUCUGCUGCUGAUCAAGUUGUAUCUCUGGGGGGAUUAGACAGGAAAUUGUGAACUCGUUGCGACACCAGACCUUGUAUUCACAAUUCGAUUGGACGUUUAGUAGAAGUCACAACCUGUAAUAAUUUCCACGGAGGCUCAUCAUGACCACGCAAUAACGUUUACAUUGAAAUUUCUCCCCCAAGAAUCUUCUGUUGAUACACCGCACUGCGGCUACUUUGCUCCCACCAUCACAGUACGUGCGUGCAGACACGAUGCAGGAUCUUGUCAAUCAUAACCUGAUCCUCAUCCCCACGGCUGAUCCCGCCUUCGUAGCAUUAAAUGCAGUUAACAAAAAUGGCAACACUCAAGGAGAAGCUGAUCACGCAGACGGCGACAUCACAACCCGGUCAUUCAAAUAACAAAAUAACAAUAGUUGGUGUGGGUGCAGUUGGAAUGGCAUGUGCUAUAAGCAUCUUAUUAAAGGACCUAGCAGAUGAGAUGGCUCUGGUGGAUGUAAUGGAGGACAAAUUGAAGGGUGAGAUGAUGGAUUUACAACAUGGUAGCCUCUUCCUUCACACUCACAAGAUUGUGUCUGGCAAGGAUUACAGUGUGUCUGCUGGAUCCAAGCUGGUUGUGGUCACAGCUGGUGCCCGGCAGCAGGAGGGGGAGAGCCGCUUGAAUCUUGUUCAGCGUAAUGUGAAUAUCUUCAAACAUAUAAUUCCUGACAUCGUCAAGAACAGCCCUGGUUGUAUCAUACUGGUUGUAUCCAAUCCAGUGGACAUUCUGACCUAUGUGGCAUGGAAACUGAGUGGCCUUCCUAUGCACCGUAUUAUUGGCAGUGGCUGUAACCUAGACUCAGCUCGGUUCCGAUACCUCAUGGGAGAGAGAUUGGGAAUCCACAGCUCCAGCUGUCACGCCUGGGUCAUUGGUGAACAUGGAGACUCAAGUGUGCCUGUGUGGAGUGGUAUGAAUGUUGCAGGUGUGAACUUGAAGGAACUCCAUCCUGCGAUAGGAACUGACCAUGACAAAGAGAAUUGGAAGAAGGUGCACAAGGAUGUAGUGGACAGUGCUUAUGAGGUGAUAAAAUUGAAAGGAUACACUUCCUGGGCUAUUGGGAUGUCUGUGGCAGACAUGGCAGAGACUAUUAUGAAGAACCUGAAUAAGGUGCACCCUGUAUCCACAAUGGUUAAGGAUUUACAUGGUAUUAAAAAUGAAGUUUUCCUGAGCCUUCCUUGUGUUCUGAAUAACCGUGGAAUUUCUAAUAGCGUGAAGAUGUUGCUGAAACCUGAUGAAGAAGCACAGCUGCAAAAGAGUGCUGCAACCCUGUGGGACAUUCAGAAAGACCUGAAAUUCUGACCUUCUUUCUAUCCUUCCUCUGUAGCAGUAACUGCAGCAAUGUUACUACAUGAAGCCCCUUAUCUGCUGUCUUGUGAUGACCGUUUUGUGACCAUGAAUUGCCAGACUUGGAGAACCUCUUGUGUAGUGACUGUUUGCUAGUCAGACCACUGUCUUCCUCACCUGCACACCUCACUGCUGUUAAAGUAUUUAUGUAAAAUCAAUUGAUUUUUAAAAGAAAAUAAAGUUCGAUCAACUAUC